AUAACGGACGCACAUAACGCUCGAGGCUGCAUGACGUAAAGAGUUUAGGGAGAAUGCAUAAAGGCUUGUUAAAGCGUUAAGCAUGCAUCCCGAGGGAAACUUAUUACGCAUAAAAGUAACAGAUAUCUAUCUUAAGACAUUUGGUGCUGCAUAGAAAUGCGGCGUUUCUCUGUUUUUUACGACUUGAAACGUGUUAAAUAAAUAUUCGCUUCACUAUCCACAAGAUGGCGCCAAUACACAUGUAAAACUGAUCCGUGUAUAACUGCGUCCGGUCAACUUUGAAGCUCCUGAAGGACUUCAUAUUUGAUCUUCAAUGCAGGGGCGGAGCCUGACAUUGUAGACAUUUGAGGGCUUAGCCCAAAUCUAGGGGCUCCUACUGAUAUUUUUUCUCCAUUUACGGCAGCUUUGUAAACAAUUUUUUAAUCUAAGUGUUCUCUGUAUCAUUUUGAAACUGUAACAUAACAAAUUUUGACAAUGACACUUUAACUUCUCUUAUCCAAAAAUAAGAUAAGUAUGUUUGCUGUAAUCCAGUAACUAUGACAGAGAGAUUGAGAAGAAAAACAACAACAGAGAAGACACUGAAAAUGUUGAGCCUUCUGAGAGUCAGUUCAAAGUUGCCAGAAAGCAACUUGUGUGACGUCAUGAGCUAGGUCGAUGCUGGCACCCAGUGGAUGAAUGUGGUAAUACCUGGAAAGUUCAUGAACUUGCUAGUGCUGAUAAACAGGCAGUAUAAAGCUGAGAGACUCACAGCACUCGAGUCAAACCUAAACACACAACCAGAGAGAGACACAGAGAGAUUGAGAAGCAAAACAACAACAGAGAAGACACUGAAAAUGUUGAGCCUGCAUGGAUUUCAGCCUUCCCUCCUCACUCCAUUCAUGAGGAUUCACUGGCCAGUCUGCAGUUUGUGGCCGGAGAUCGAACCCCUUUACAGACACACUGACCUACUGCAGGAGAUGGAGAAACUUCAGCACAAGAUCUCUGAGGAGAUCCAGCAAAUGUCAAACUCUGAGGAGAUCCAGCCGCUCACCUGUACAGUGCAGGAGAAAGAGGGAAGUGGCUUUGCUUUGACACUGGACACUAAAGACUUUUCCCCAGAAGAACUGUCAGUCAAACAGGUGGGCAGGAAGCUGCAGGUGAGUGGAAAGACAGAGAAGAAGCAUGAGGAUGGGAAAGACUCGUACUUGUACAGAAUCCAAGAGUUCAGACGUGUGUUUGAUCUGCCUGAAGGAGUGAAUCCUGAGACAGUGACCUGCUCCAUGACUGAUGGAAAGCUCUACAUACAGGCAUCAGUCAAUCAGAUAUCUGAAACACCUGAGAGGAUGCUGCACAUUCACUGCCCUCAAACUGUGAAGACAACACAGACAGAGACUGAAAAGAUUCAAAACAACACCACUGAAACACACAAGACUGAUCAGCAAUCUUAAAAACUCUCAACAGAAGAUCAACUCAACAGAUUUGGACUUUGUAAGGCAAUAUAUGAGAUGAACUUUAUCUUUAUAUAAUGUCUUGUAAAAAUUAUUUGUACUCUUUAAUGUGUAAUAUUAUUUAGUAUUUUUUUAUAGUAUUUUUUCACAAUAUGUUAUGUUUAAAAUUAUUAUUAUAUAUUUAUUAUUAUUAUUAUUAUUAAAAGCAAAACUAAGAAGUAAAAAGACUUUUUAAAAGUAUUAAAUAAACCUUCACACUGAAGACAAUGUAGCUGACAGACAAUACAUUUAUUCAUGUUUUGAAUGAUUUUUCUGCGUUUCAUUCCUGUGCUUGCUAUAAUAAACGAUUAUACAGUGAUAUAAUGUUGAUAUAAUUAAAAUUAAACAAAUGGGUAAUUGUUUGUUUAGGAGUAGAAAAUUAUAAAUAUACAGUUGGCAACUAUCACUUCGUCAACGUUAAAUUUGCUAUCCAACUAAAGAUGCAAAAUAGUUUUAACGGUAAAAUAAAUGAAACUUAAUUGAUAGUCCAUAUUCACAUCCUGAUUAUUGUCCAUCUAGAGUUAAUGUCCUAUUGCUAAAAAUGCAAAG